AUGAUUCAUAAGAAAGAAACGGUUGCUGGUCAAGAGCAUGGGGAAGUACUGCUUGAACACGAUUCCGACGGCAGUGUGGAAGUGCUAAGUCAAAACUCGACAAUCACGUACGAAAUUGGAGAUCAUGUCUACCGAUGGCAGUCGUUUUUGGGAGUGCCAUUUCAUACACAACAACAUGGAAUUGUAGUGGCAUGCGAGAGCGACUCUAUAAUAUUGGCUUUGGUGCGAAAGCAGUAUGCCUUUGAUUCGGGUGUGAUAGACACCGUGCUGAAAGAUGAUGCGGAUGCGGAAUUCUGCAUGUUCCGAGAACGAAUACCUCUGCACGAGGCCCGAGAAUCCUGGCAUAAGAUUCCCUAUGGAGUCCCAUGGACGAAGCGAUUGUUUACCAGAGCCGGAACAGCCAAUCCCAUCAAUGCAGACCCUGUGGAAGAAGUCAUGAGCCGGAUUGCCUUUGUCUGGAAAAAUUCUGCAUUGUUGAGGAAUAUGGGUAUGGAGCAUACCAGCGAAAAAGACAUUAGUGAAUGUGUCGUUGUUUGGUGUAAGACGGGGAACUUUCAUUCCUAUCAUGGACUUGCUAAAGUGGGUCAUCAUGGCGCUGAUAUGGGCUCGAAUGCUACAAUGGCAGGCAGUAUUGUCUCUCAGAUCGUCGCGAGUGCAGUAGUACCCAUUGCCGCUCCAGUCUUUGUGGUAUAUGACCUCGCCAAUACGGUGAAAAGCAUGCGAGCAAGCCAACAAUGCCAAAAGGAAUGGCGACGGAUAACAUGGGAAUGGAAUGAUCGUUAUUCAGUGACCAAAACUUUGAAAGCAGAGUCACAUGAUGAUCCAACGCAACGAGAAGAGGACCAAUCAACAACGGAGCAUUCCGUUGCAAAUUAA